GGGGACCAUGGAGGGGCAGAGCGGCCGCUGCAAGAUCGUGGUGGUGGGGGACGCGGAGUGCGGCAAGACGGCGCUGCUGCAGGUGUUCGCCAAGGACGCCUAUCCCGGGAGUUACGUCCCCACGGUGUUUGAGAACUACACCGCGAGCUUUGAGAUAGACAAGCGCCGCAUUGAGCUCAACAUGUGGGACACUUCAGGUUCCUCUUACUAUGAUAAUGUCCGGCCUCUGGCUUACCCUGAUUCAGAUGCUGUGCUCAUCUGCUUUGACAUUAGCAGGCCAGAAACACUGGACAGUGUCCUCAAGAAGUGGCAGGGGGAGACUCAGGAGUUUUGCCCCAAUGCCAAAGUUGUACUGGUUGGCUGUAAACUGGACAUGCGGACGGACCUGGCCACACUGAGGGAGCUGUCCAAACAGAGGCUUAUCCCUGUUACACAUGAGCAGGGCAGUGUGCUGGCAAAGCAGGUGGGGGCUGUGUCCUAUGUUGAGUGCUCCUCCCGAUCCUCUGAGCGCAGCGUCAGGGAUGUUUUCCACGUGGCCACAGUGGCCUCCCUUGGCCGUGGCCACAGGCAGCUACGCCGUACUGACUCACGCCGGGGGCUACAGCGAUCCACUCAGCUGUCAGGACGGCCGGACCAAGGGACCGAGGGCGAGAUACACAAGGAUCGAGCCAAGAGCUGCAACCUCAUGUGAGGGGUGGGGUGGGGCAGUGUGAGGAGGGGUGGUCAGGGGCACCAUCAUUACUUGUCUACACAUGGACUGCCAGACCUCCUGACCCUGGCUAGGGGGUUAGGGCAGGUCAAGUGGGCACUUCUUUCUUGGGAAGGGGGCUAGAGGGCAGAAGGGUGUCGUUAUUUCCUAUAUUCUCAUCCUCCCUCCUCUCUACAGGAGGCUAAGGGGGCUACAGAGACAGGCAUCUGGGGCGUGAGCUAGAAUGGGACAGGUGGGAAUUGGGGAAGCUGGAUCAGGUGGUGACCUUGGCUGAGUGUCAGUAAAUGAAGAGUGCCUUCCCUCCCCACCCCUGGUUCCCAUAUUCUGGUCCUAGCUUCCUUCCCUAAGGAAAGUGUCCAUCCUGUUACCUCCUCUGUUCCUCUCCGCUCACUUCUACAGUUAUUCUCAUGCACCCUAACCUGCAGACAACAGGCACUAAAUUAAAAAGCCAGGAGAAGCCCCUCCUCCAUCUACCUACUAAUGCUAGUUUCCUCCCAUCCUUCCCUCAAAAGUCCCCAAUAAAGCCCAUGUCCAUGGAAAA